AAGCCAAACAAAUCCAACCCAUUUAGAGUUACUAUUAUGAUCUUGAUUUUGGUUGGUUACGGACUUGGCGUUCCGAGUAAUUACAGGCUGCCAUUUGACUCUAAUCUGCUCUGUUAAUCAGAGUCCCCCAGUUUCACGUUUCCCUCUAUUCACCGCCAUUUCUUUUCUCUCCUCCGAUUCCCUUCUCAACAUUCUCCUCAACCUUAUCAAUGGCGGAAUAUCAGAUGCUUGACGAUGUCGACGCCGACGCAUUCCUCUGCUGUGUCUGCUUGGAUCUUCUCUACAAGCCUAUAGUGCUCCCUUGUGGUCAUAUUUCAUGUUUUUGGUGCGUGCACAAAUGCAUGAAUGGCUUUCGUGAGUCCCACUGUCCAAUUUGUAGACGUUCAUAUUAUCACUUUCCUACCAUCUGUGAGAUUCUUCACCAAUUGAUCCUGAAGAUUUAUCCCGCAUCCUAUAAGAGAAGGGAAAGUCAAAUUCUAGAGGUGGAAAAGAAAAUUGGAUUUUUCUCUCCACAAUUUGAUUCCCUUGCUUGUGGCUCCCAAGCUGGUAUGAAAGUGGAACACUUAGAAGAUUCUGCUAAUGGCGAGCUGAACACAAAUACCAAAAAUGAUGACGCUGUUGCUGAAUUAAUAUUAGAAGAAAAUUCUGACGUUGUUAGUUCUACUUCUGUUGUAAGCCUCAAUUCUCUUCAAGAUCCUUGUGCUCAAAAGACUCAAAAUCAGGAGAAAAUUUCAGUUGCUGAUGUGCUAUGUCAAGCUUGCACCCAAUUGCUCUUCCGACCUGUGGUUAUGAACUGUGGCCAUGUAUUUUGUGAGAGUUGUAUCAACUCACAAGUUGAGACACUUGAGUGCCAAGUUUGUCAGUCGCUGCAACCAAGGGGAUUUCGAAAUGUGUGUUUGGAGCUUGAUCAGUUUUUGAAGGAAAAAUUUCCUGAAGAAUAUAGCAUCCGCAGAGACUCAGUUCAACUUAAACUAGCCAACAGUAUGAAGCAUGACAAUCCAACUUCCUGUUCCAAUGAAGAGGGUAAAAAGGGAGAGUACCUGCCAAGAUGGGGUGAUGUUGCCUCUAAAGUGCAUACUUUUAUUGGCUGUGAUUAUUGUGGGAUGUUUCCCCUCAUUGGCGACAGAUACAAGUGCAAGGAUUGUUUAGAGGCAUCAGGUUUUGAUCUCUGUGGUGACUGCUACAAUACACGUUCAAAACGUCCCGGUCGGUUUAACCAGCAACAUAGACCAGAACACAGGUUCCAGCUUGUACAUCCUUCAAUGUUUCAAAAUAUGACGGAGGGGUAGUGACAGAAAUGUUAGAGGAAGGUUCUACAACCUUUAUUAUUGCUGAUGGUGAAGGUUCAGAUAGCUCAGAUAACAUAGGUGCAAUUCUCGAAUUUUCGAGCGAUGAUCGUGAGAGUGAUGAGGAUGAUUCCGACGUGGAUGGUAGAACUCAAACAAACUCCAAUGACAAUAGAACUGAUCAAAAUCACUCUGAACCCACCUAAAAUGUUAAAAUAUCUGGAAUCAAAAUACAACAUUGCUUCGUAUGGAGUUUCCACUCUGGUUUUCGGAACACGACCUCUUUCUCUAGUGUGUGGAUGAUUCAUAAACUGAAAUUUCUAUGUUUUUUUACGAGGGAAGAUGAUAAAAGAGGCAUAAAAGACCUCACAUCAAUGUACAUAAAAGUGUCCUCUAAUCCUCUUCAAAAUUCAGCUGCUUCCUCUUCCUCUUGAAUUUGAACAAACAGUGGAGUCAUCUGAGGUUGGUUUCUUCUUAUAAUUAGCUACAGCCAACUUGUAAGUAUAUUAAUGGUGGUGGUUUAUUCAAAUAACAUUUUCUGAGCAAACUUCGAAAAUGAGCUUUCAUUUUAGUUUUUAGUGUUAUUGCACAAAGAGUUAUUAUCA